CAAAUUUCAAUUUGAUUUCAAUCAAUUUACUUUCGAACGCUCUAAGGAUAUUAACCAAAGGAUGUCCGUCGUUCCGCGUCUUAUGACGCUCGCAGACCUCAGUGGUCCUCAAAUCAAUCGACUUGUUAACCAUGCUCAUCACUUGAAGCAUCUGUCUCUACCUUGGUUGGCCCCACAACAGGCGACCAAGAAAAAGAACAAUCUUCGUAUGCCCUCUCAGUCCCUGUUCAACAAGUCUAUUGCUCUUCUCUUUUCAAAACGCAGCACGCGCACUCGUAUGGCGGCAGAGACCGCUGCAGUUCUUUUGGGUGGACGUGCCCUUUUCCUGGGUUCCAGCGAUAUCCAAUUUGGUGUGAACGAAUCUCCUCGUGACUCUGCACGAGUCAUCGGUGGUAUGUGCGAAGGUAUAUUCGCACGCGUCGGUGCUCACGAAGAGAUCGAGGAACUCGCGAGGUAUUCUCCAGUACCUGUGCUCAAUGCUUUAUCGUCCUUUUGGCAUCCAACGCAAGUUCUUGCAGAUCUCUUGACACUUCAUGAGCAUGCUCACCUCUUCUCGCCCGAUACACCAGCCCCCUCUCCUACAAAGCCUCUUCCUCCCUUGCGACCACUCACGAUUGCAUACGUCGGUGACUCUGCAAACGUCCUCCACGACAUGCUCGUGACCUACCCCCGUCUGGGUCACAAGGUUCGCGUCGCAACCCCUCCACAACCUCAAUACAACCCUCCCAAGCCCGUCUGGGACCGUGUCGUAGAGCUUGGGUGUGACAAGCACAUUGUCUGGAGCAACGACCCCCGGGAAGCUGUAAAAGGUGCCGAUGUCGUAGUCACCGAUACUUGGAUUUCAAUGGGCCAGGAAGCUGAAAAAGCUCAGCGUUUGACGGACUUUGCUGGCUAUCAGAUUACAGAAACUCUCUGUCGCGAAGGUGGUGCAAAUCCAGACUGGAAGUUCCUCCACUGCCUCCCACGAAAGCAGGAUGAGGUAGACGAUGAGGUAUUCUAUAGCUCUCGGUCUCUUGUUUUCCCAGAAGCGGACAACCGGAAGUGGACCAUCAUGGCCGCAUUUGAUCUUCUGUUCGGCAAGUGGGAUAUUACGGGGGAGAAGACCUUGAAAGGUGGUGAGUAGAACGGGAGUGGCGAAAACACUGCAAUUGCGCAUAUGUGUCAUAUGCAAUGAAUCGCCCUGACGGUUAUAAGCGUGCAAUGAAGUGGAAUGAUUGUUAAAACAGAAUAAAGUAAAAUAGCGAGAGACCGUAUAUCGUGUACGUACUGUAGUACAAUUAACUAGAGGGUAAUACUACCGGUUACCCGAACGGAGUAGUGGGCCACGUCACGGG